GCACACUACCAGACAGGAAGAGAGGCAGUGAGGGAGGAGGCCAGAGUCUGCACAGCUCACCACUUGAAAAUAAAGGAUUGAGAGAGGAGGGGUGAGAGAAGAAAAAGGGGAGUAUCCAGUUCUGCCCUUCUGUGCUGCUGCAGCCCCCCUCCCACUCUGUGUAAUUUCCUUUUUUCCUCUUUCCCCUUACUCAUCUGUUUCAGUGGCUGCACUGAGAGGAAGGACACCUGCCGCUCCCUGAUGAUUCAGCUUUUCAGCUGUUUGGAGCUCCCAAGACUAGACAGCAUGUCCCUCCUGCCACUGCAGUGCUUGGCUGGCCUGUCCUCUGCACUACAUUUGCCUCAGCUAGAGCUGGCCCAUCACGUCGAUACUACCUUUUCUUCCCAAGUAUUCAGGAAAUUUGACAGUUGUUUUCCUUGUGAAAAAAAAGCAUGAAUAAGGAAUUCCUUUUUCUAAUGCAUAGACUGUCUACGUAUCCCCUGGAUUGUUAGCAAGGUUCCACUCUUUGAAGGGCAUCACCUUUCUCUGAAACCCGGCUCUCACUCUGUGUCUACACAAUGGAAAAGAUACUAAAAGACAUUGGUGGAAAAAUGUCAUUGUGUGAUGAUCUGAGUUAAUAGCUAAGGUGGUAAGAAACACUUCUUCAAGCAGUGUGAAAGGAUGACCGAGGGAAUGGAGGAAGUCUCUGCAGGGCCAGCUCCCCCUUUUGGAUCAGUCUCCCCCACUGGCUCUACUGUUGAUACUAGGCAAGUCCCAGAAGAGAAACCAGAGGAGACAGAGGCAGCUGGUGAGAGUGGGGAGGAGGCUAUAGAGGGAACUGCAGAAGGAGGUGGUGCUGGUGACGAUGGGGAACAUGUGGGGGCUUUUGGAAUUGUGACCUUGCCAGAGGCCUGCUGUGUGUGCAUAGAGAUGGAACAGAUUAACAAUUGCCUGCACUCUGAGAAAAUCUGCAUCCUCCCCAUACUGGCCUGUCUGCUUAGCUUAGCCCUCUGCACAGCUGGCCUCAAAUGGGUCUUUGUGGAUAAGAUAUUUGAGUAUGAACCACCAUCACAUUUAGAUCCUAAGCCUAUUGGACAAGACCCAAUUAUUAUACCAGUUGAACCCACGCUGGGAAUAACAGUCUCGUUUCCUCAUGCAACUCCUUCAAAUAACUCCCUAACCACCACCUUCACCCUUACCCCAGAGCAUCCUGAAGUUUCAGUAGAAGAUAAAUCUACACAACAGCCGCAUGUGUCUCAGUCUUCACGAGUGAUUGAGCCUGCUGUCACACUGAAAUAUAACGCUGAACAAUAUACCACCCCAAAGCAGACUCCCCAACCAAAGUCAACACAGAAAUCACACAGCCAUCAUCAAACUAUCUCUACCAUCAGCACUUCCACUACAGCAAAGACCUCAAGUCACGUAACCCGCUGCAGUGACAGUCAGAGGAACUACUGUGUUAAUGGAGGAGAGUGCUUUACCCUUGAAAUCAUCCCGGGCAGUACAAAGUUUCUCUGCAGGUGCUUGGCUGGAUUCACUGGGCACCGAUGUGAACAAGCAGUUCUUAAGAAUGUCUCAGACCCAAAACCUGAGGAGCUGUAUCAGAAACGUAUUUUAACAAUAACCGGAAUCUGCAUUGCGCUCCUAGUCGUUGGAAUCAUGUGUGUGGUUGCCUACUGCAAAACCAAGAAGCAGAGAAAGAAACUACGGGACCGUUUAAGGCAACGUCUAAGGAAUAAGAGGAAGAAUACCAGUACUGGUAUUGACUCCAAUGUGGCAAACUCUACCACUGGACGCCCAAAUUCUAACUUGCCUCUUCAAGAUUUGCAGCUUAUUGGUCAACAUAAUGGAAGGACAAUGAAGCAUACAGCUGAAAAGGAGACAGAGACAAACUUUUCCACAAGCAAAUAUACCUUAUCUGUGCAUGAUCCUACCACACUCACCAACAUCUCCAGUCAAAGGUUUGUACCAGUGAUGGCAACCCUGAUCCAGCUGACUUCAGAGUCGCAGAACUCUCUUGCAACUCCUGGCUCUCCUCCAUCCGAGAUUUCAGCCCCCAUAUCCAGCCUAGCUAUCUCUGUUCCCUCUGUGACUUUAAGUCCCUCUGGUGAGGAGGAGCGCCCUUUGCUGCAUCAGCUGCACAAGUCCUCAAGCCGGGAUGUACAAAAGAGAACCUCUUCACACUACAAUCAUGGCCAUGUGGCAGAUAGCGUACCAUCUAGUCCACUGUUCACUAUGGAGAAUGCUGACUACCAAACCAUACAGGACACCAGAGCUGCCAGCUACAUGUUUUCAACAGCACCUGUGAAAUUAAUUAACACAAACAACAAUGUAAGUGACUGCAGCAACAAUAGUGUCACUAACCAUGUGGUUGAUUAUUUGAGGUUAAAUGGUGACAGCAUACUAGUAAGUGAUACAGAGGAGCCUCGGGGGGAACACAUACCCUUCCUAAGUGCAGACAGGAAUACAGCCCUUUUACUCAGGGCUGUAGAUAGCGGCAGGACUAACCCAGCAUCACCAAAUGAUGACCUACCAGUGAAGUCAUCUAGCCUCAUCAACCAACAAGAUUUAAUUGCUGCGUAAAGUAAAAAAAAGAAAGAAAGAAAAGAAAUUGCUAAGAUUACUUCACAUGGAGGAAGAAUAUAAACAGCCAUUAUUAAACCUUUAUUUUCGAUAAAUUCUCAUAAUUUAUUUGCUGUGUAAAGACUUUUGAAGACAAAUGAAGAAUGAAACUUUUAUUUUAGAGAUGUAGUAAAUAAAGUUUUAUAAAAAAAAAAAAAACAGUACAAAUGUGGUCAUGUCUUGUAGGUAAAGUGCCAUACGCUAGUAUGCAGCAGUUCAUAGUAUAGUUAAAAGAAUAUUUCAGUGCAGACAAAUAUCAAUGGUGCCUUUCUGUUUAGUAUGCUUAAGGGGCCGUAAUAUUGCAUACUGGGCCAUGUAUCACCCUCUUAUUCUUCAGGUUAAUAAUCAGAUGUUCUGUGUUGUCUGCCUUUAACAUCUUGCACUUUAAGGCACCCACUGACAUAUUUGAAAUCAAAUGUUAUGGGUUCAAAGUGCAUGCUAUGUUCUUAAAUGCUGUGAUGAAAAAAUGAGCAGACAGUUGACUUGAAUUGAUGGUUUUCUUACCUGAUGUCCUACUUUUAUCACAGUCUUAUGGUAUAUAUUAUUAGUCAGCUUAUAACCUGGAUUUCAUCAAAAUGUUAGCGAUCUUAAUAAUUUUAUUCAUCACUGGACUACACUGUGGAUGACCUGCCAGAGAAUGAAUAUUGUAGCUGUGAGAUAAAUAUACAUUCAUAAAGUUUGCCUCAACAAGGUGCAUAAGAUACACCUAAAGAGUUUUUUUUUUCAUUUAUAUUGAGCUAGAUAUUUACAUUUGACCAUUUCUAUGUUGAAGAAGUACUUCACUGAAUUGUAUGGCACUUUUAUAACAAUUAAACAAUGUUCAAGCUUAAAGAGUAGCGGCCUAAUAAUCCUAAGAUUUCUGGUAUGGGUUAAGCUGGAUGCUGGUUUUCACAUGCCCCAUAAUCCUCCUUAGAAGUUGUAUUUAUUCCUAUGCUGACAGAUGUUCUGCCUAAGUAUAAACUGUCUCAGUUAAGGUGGUACAGUCAACGACUACUAGCGUGAAGACCAGCAAUUCUUUAAAAUAGUAUCUUUAAAUCAACAAUACCUACAAAAUUUUUAGUAAAUUAACUACAAGAUCUAUGUCUGAUGUGUUCUUGUGUGAAUCCAAUCAGUGCCUUGUAUUGCACUGUGGAUCUUAGAGAAGUGCUGAAUGUAUAAAUUGUGGUCAUUUCCUUUCAUUUAAACCAUAUUUCUGAAAAGAAAAAUUGAAAUUGAAAUCCCCCCCCCCCCCCCCCCAAAAAAAAUAAAAAAAUUAACUUGUUAUCCCCUUGCUGUAAGAGUCAAGUUCAGGUUUUUCCUUUAAAUUUAAAUGACCUGUCUUGAUAUACAAUUACAAUUAAUACAACAGAUUUGGUAUAAACAAUGCAAGAUAUACAGUCAUUUCAUCUGCACACAUUAGUACGAAAGAAAAAAAAAUCUUGCACAUUUUGUCACUUGAAUGCUUAGCAUAACACAAAGAACAUUGUUUUGAAAUGGGAGUGUCUUUAAUUUAUGUAAAUAUAUCAGGAAAAUCUCCUGCAUUGUUGUUUAUCACUGAAUAUCACAUUAUGUGUUUUGUGUGUUAGUGUCAAAGCAUUUUGGGUUGAAAAAGAACUUUCAGUUUUUCUGUCUCACUAUUGAUUGAUACAAUGAAAGUCUUGUGCAGCUGUAAUAAUAAAUAAAACACACAUUUCACAUUUGAGCAUACAUGUGAACAUGAUUUAUAUGUCAAAUCUAUGGCUUUUUAUCAGUUUGUUUUUUCAGUAAGGACUGAUCAUUUUAAAGAACUGAAGAUGAUUUCUCAGUUAUAAGCUAUUUGUAAUUAGACCUUCUGGACUGCUCAUGGCAGAACAAAGUCCCAACAAUGAUAGGAAUUAGGACAAGACUCCUGGUGUCUAGAUGCUGGCAGUGGUGGAAUUGAGGAUGAAGGCUUGGAUGUGGGUUCUGAAUGGAAGGAAAUGUGGAGGAGUUGGGUUGCACAUAUGAGAGUCUGAAAGACAGAAUGACAAAACAGCAGUGUGAUUUAAAGCACAUAUAAGAGAGGCUGAUUGUCUUGCAGCAGGCAGGCAAGAAAAUUAUCCAGCUUAGAGUGAUGAUGCCAGUAUUGUCAGAGUUGUUUGACACUGUGGGAAAGUGGAUGUGAUGUAAAGAAUGGACUUGCAAUCAAAAACCCAGGAAAGCAGGCAGAUUAGUGAUUAAUUUCUUAUAGUAAUGCUAUCAGUAACUAUAGUGUUUAGAUUACACAACUUCAAAUUAAGUCCUGGCUGCAUAUUACACUGAAAAUAAACAUUGACACAAAUUUGUACUCCCUUUACAUACAUGUUAAUCUAUGUGCUGAGCAAUGCCAUUUUGUUUUCAUUCUGUAUUUUACUUGUAUCUUUGAUACCCAUUAAACAUGUAAAUUUUUUUCAUGUCUUCUUUCAUGUACGCAAAUAAAAGUAAUU